AUGUUAGUUGAUUACUCUAAAUGUAAAUUAUGCUCCUGCAAUAGUGGAUAUCCAGCUUAAUACGUGUGUGCAUUCUAAGACACAUGCAGAGGACUUCCAUUGUACUGUGAAGAGGAAAAUUGUUCUGACCAACAUAAUCAUAAAAUUUAAAAGAUAACAACUGCGAUGCAAAAUAUCCUAAAUGAAUAGUGGUAAUUUGGAGAAAAUGUUUCAACUUAUAAAACGAAUUUCAUUGAUCGUUCAGCCAAUUAUCUUCCAUUGAUAAACUACUACUCUGUAUCCUAGAAAGAGUUGGAAAUUUAGAAUAGUCCUUAAGAAAAUUAAGAAAAAAAAUAUCAAUACCUAGAUUAAACGAUAACAAUAACAAGCGGUCUUCAUACAAAUGUAAUGAAAUUUAUUAAUAAGUUAGAAGAUCUACAAUCAGAAUACAAGUUGGAGGAAAUGAAUUAAAUAUGCAAAGAAGAAGGAAGUAAGCUCAGAUAGAUCUAUGAUUAAAUAUCCACACUUGGCCCAAUGGAUGAGUAAUUGCUUUGGAAUAUCUAUGAGGAACCUAUACUAUCAGACUAUGUGAAUCCCGAACUAAUGUCAAAGUUCUCUCCUUAGAACUGGAACACAUACCAUGGAUUGAAAAUUAAAGCUCUGAAAUCCAAACUUGAAAAGUAGGAAUAAGGAUUCUAAGAAUUUAAAAUGUAAGUUUUUGCUAAACUCCAGAUCUGA